CAGUAGCCUGAAUCGGUCUUCCAAGGGCCAUCUGAGAGUCUGUCUAGUCUGGCAGCUGUUUCCUCAAAGCAGCAGAGACUACCCCCUUGAUAGUUUUGGAUCGGGGAGGGGGCUCUUGGUGGUCUCAGGCUAUCACAGGGACUCCAGGAAAGCCAUGCAGAGCCUUGAGCCAUGACGGAAUGCUCAGAUAUCAUCCUCUGUGCGGAGGCGACAGAGCUGAGCAAGACUGAGUUCUGCAAUCCUGCUUUUGAGCCUGAAUCAGGGCCCCCCCCACCGGCCCUCCAGGAGGAUGCCAGCCGCAGCGUCCCAGCUCCCUGGCACGGUCGGCGGCCCCGAGGGCUGCAGCCAGAUUGUCACUUCUCCUGGCUCUGUGUCCUCCUCCUGGCCAGCCUCCUGCUCCUGCUGCUCGGGCUUCUGGUGGCCAUCAUUCUAACCCAGCUGCAGGCUACACCCCUGCCGGGGGAUUCCUAUCACCCUCUGCUGGCCCAAGGCUUCGCCCCUACCACCACCACCACUCCCCCCACCCCCACCACCCCCACCACCUCUCCAGCAACAGGGAACCCUAAAGGACAGCUGAUGGAGGCAGGCAUGAGCCCCUCACCCCAGUCCUCCUGUGGGGGCCUCCUCCCUGGCCCAAGGGGCUUCUUCAGCAGCCCCAACUACCCAGACCCUUACCCACCCAACACCCACUGCGUGUGGCAUAUCCAGGUGGCCCCAGACCAUGCAAUACAGCUCAAGAUCGAAGCACUCAGCAUGGAAAGUGUGGCCUCCUGUCUUUUUGAUCGCUUGGAAAUCUCCCCUGAGCCUGAAGGCCCCCUCCUCAGAGUGUGUGGGAGGGUGCCUCCCCCCACACUCAACACCAAUGCCAGCCACCUCCGGGUGGCCUUCGUCUCCGACAGCAGUGUGGAAGGGUCUGGUUUCCAUGCCUGGUACCAGGCUGUGACCCCCGGGAAUGGGAGCUGUGCUCAUGAUGAGUUCCCCUGUGACCAGCUCACCUGCCUGCUGCCUGACUCAGUGUGUGACGGGUUCGCCAACUGUGCUGAUGGCAGUGAUGAAGCCAACUGUGGCAACAAGCUCUCGGGGUGCGGGGGGAAUCUGACUGGGCUCCAGGGCACUUUCUCUGCUCCCAGCUACCUGCAGAGGUACCCUCACCAACAGCUUUGCACCUGGCAUAUCUCAGUGCCUGCGGGACAUGGCAUGGAGUUGCAGUUCUACAACUUCAGCCUAGACGCUCAGGACGAGUGCAAGCUGGACUAUGUGGCCGUGUAUGAGACCAGCAACUCAGGGGCCCUGGGCCUCCUGGGCAGGUUCUGUGGAGCAGAGCCACCGCCUCGCCUCAUCUCCUCACACCGCCAGCUGGUGGUGUUCUUUAGGACAGACCGUGGCAUCAGCAGUGGGGGCUUCUCUGCCAUCUACCGGGCCCUCAAUGUGACAGAGAAUCCCUGUGGGCCCGGAGAGUUCUCCUGCCGCGACGGAGGAUGUAAGAGUCCGCGGUGGAUGUGUGACUCGUGGGGAGACUGCACAGAUGGCAGCGAAGGCAACUGCAGCAGCCCCUUGUUCCCACCCCCCGAGCUGGCCUGUGAGCCCAUCCAGGUGGAGAUGUGCAUCGGUCUGAGCUACAACACCACGGCCUUCCCUAACAUCUGGGUGGGCAUGGCGACCCAGGAGGAGGUGGUGGAGGUCCUCAGAAGUUACAAGAGCCUGACCAGUCUGCCCUGCUACCAGAAUUUCCGGAGGCUCCUCUGUGGGCUGCUUGUGCCCCACUGCACCCCCACAGGCAGCGUCCUUCCCCCUUGUCGCUCUGUCUGCCAGGAGGCAGAGCGCCAGUGCCAGUCUGGCCUGGCUCUACUGGGUACCCCCUGGCCUUUCAACUGCAACAGGCUGCCUGAGCCCUCUGGCCUGGAGGCUUGUGCCCAGCCCUGACCCUGAAUGGGGCCCCU